AUGGCGACCCAGCAAAGCAAGAAGAGAAAGGCAAAUCCCCGAAACCCGGCCGGCUUGAAAACAACUAUCUCUUCUCGAUCCUCUCUCCGUUCUGAUCUGAUUAUUUGGUUUGCCAUCUUGGUUUCUUUUUUAUCUUGAUGAUGGAUUUUUAAUGACUACAGUUUGUGGCCGACGGGGUCUUCUUUGCGGAGCUGAAUGAGGUGCUGACGAGGGAGCUUGCCGAAGAUGGAUACUCAGGGGUUGAGGUCCGCGUUACUCCUAUGCGCACCGAAAUCAUCAUCCGCGCCACCCGCACCCAGAACGUCCUAGGUACGCGCGUUCCCGCAGUUCAGAAACUUGUCCGUGUUCCUAUACUCGGUCCGUGUUUUUGCCUUAGCUGUGUUGAAUGUUUCCAGCUUCGUCGUUUGUGGAUUUCGAAGCUGAUGCGUUGAUGUUGGAAUGCCAUCUUUGUGUCAUUGAUUUUUUUAUUUUUUCAAGUGAAGUUUAUAAGUCUCUGGCUAUUGUUGUGACGCUAAUUGGUCGGGUGUGCGGGCUUUAGGUGAAAAGGGGAGGAGGAUUAGGGAGCUGACUUCAGUGGUCCAGAAGAGGUUCAAGUUCCCAGAGAACGGCGUUGAGCUGUAUGCAGAGAAGGUGAACAACAGGGGACUCUGCGCCAUUGCUCAGGCGGAGUCCUUGCGAUAUAAGCUUCUUGGUGGCCUUGCCGUACGGAGGUAAGAUCACCUCCUGGACUGAAGAUGAGCGAUAGUCAUUUGCAUGAUUUGCUGAUUUACUUGUAAUAUAUUUACCUAAAUUUACCAAGUAUCCUAGGAGUAGUUUUCAAGUUGCCAGGACGAUCUGUGGGAUAGGCAUGCUGAAACUUUUCCUCGAUUCGAAAAGUCCCUCCGUGCAAUGCGGUCUUUAAUCUGUUUAGCCCCGCGUUACAGUUCUUAACUAAAGUUGAUACAAAGCUGUGCUUUUCUGUACCAUUCUUUUUAAAAUCUUGCCAACCUACCAUGAAGAUUCUCUGGUUUGAUUCAUCCUACUUGCGCUCAUUAAAUAGUUAAGAUCUUUCCAUUUUAGUAGUAAGAUCUUCAGACGUUGCGCAUAGAAAAGAAGCUGUUUGUUCAGCAGCGGCCAGACAACCGCAGGGAUGGAUCCACAGGUUUCAGGUUAAAAGUACCAGUUGCCUACUGAUUCCAUCGUACAGUUGCUUGUGUUUCAAACGAGGACUGUGGCUGUUCGCUCCUUCCUAACAUCUAAAUAUUACGUCAUGUCACUCUCAUUUUGGGACGUGAAUGAUCCGAAAUGUGUUUCUCAUUUGAAUUCUUUAUCAGGAUAUUGGGCCUCCCAGAUCCUUGGGGUUCUCAGCUCACAUUGCGUUAGAUUAGGUUAAAUAGUUUUCAGACGAUUUGACGGGGAAUUAUGUUCCCAGAUUUAUAUUUAUGGUUUUAUGUCGAUAAAUGUGUUUUGUUCCUUCAAACUAAUGGAGGGUCUCUGAUGGUUGAUGAAUGUUACUUGCGCCUGUGGAGUAGCUAAUGCCCUACGUUCGCUAGUGAGGCCUCUACUUGUGGUGCAAAGAAAAAAAGACCUGUUUAUUCAGCAGCGGCCAAAUAACCGUAGGGAUGGAUCCACAGUUAUUGGAAAUAAUGGCACUUGUCUACUGAUUUCAUCUCACUGGCGUCUUUAUUUCAAGAAACAUGUAUAUUUUAGGUUUCCUGCAAGUUUUCUUCUCGGUGGUCAUUCGUGUCUACAUCAGGUAUUAUGAUGAUUUUGAAUUCCUUAAUAAAAACAUUAAUGGAAACGAUCAUCUUUGUCCAAGAUCUCAUUAACCUGAUCCCAGGUCUUGUUCCUUCUUUCUCUAGUAAUUGCACCUGUAAAACAGUCUAAGGCCAUUCCAGGAUAGUAGUGAUGGUCUUCUGAUAUGGUGCACAAAGAAAAUUGCUGUUUGUACAGCAGCGGCCAGACAACCGUAGGGAUGGAUCCACAGAUAAAUGGUUGCAAGUUCCGUCUGUCUACUGUUUCCAUCAUACAUAUGUUUAUCCGAGUGCAUGGGAUUUUCUCCGACAUGGAACGUAGUCGAUUUUGUAGAUUUUUGUAGCAGAUCUCUUGAGCCAUUUUGGGUUUGUUGACUUACGUUGAUCUUUGCCCAGGGCUUGCUACGGAGUUCUGCGGUUCAUUAUGGAAAGCGGUGCUAAAGGGUGUGAGGUAUGUAGUGCUCGUAGUUGAUGUGUGGUAGUGGUAAAAACAGGACCGAUGAAAUACACAGUAGACGGUAGAUGCCUCAGUUUUUGGAACAAUUGUUCCUAUUCCUUGUUUUGAUAUGGUUCUCCGCAUUGGAUGGUCGAUUCCCAGGUGAUUGUGAGUGGAAAACUCAGAGCGCAGAGAGCAAAGUCAAUGAAGUUCAAGGACGGGUACAUGAUAUCCUCCGGUCAGCCGGUCAAUGAGUACAUCGAUUCUGCUGUCAGGCACGUUCUUCUUCGGCAGGUCAGUACCUGGGUCAAGGGGCCGUUUCUCUUGCCACGUGUUUUCACCCUCUUCCCCUCCCCCUCUUGUAUCUCUCUCUCUCCCCCCCCCAGCUCUCUCGGUCAAAUCUGAAGUCUACUUUUCUGUGUUUUCUUCCUUUUGGGCAGGGUGUGCUGGGUAUCAAAGUGAAGAUCAUGUUGGACUGGGAUCCCAAGGGGAAGGUCGGCCCUGCCACGCCGCUUCCUGAUCUGGUUACCAUUCACAACCCCAAGGAUGAAGAGGAGCUGCCGCCCACGCCGGCCACGGCCGUUCAGGAGAUUCUCGUCCCGGUUGCGGCCCAGUGA